AUGCAACAGGUCCCAGCCCUUCUGACCACUCUACUGCUGCUGCCCUUGGUGCACCAAGGACAGCCUCAGGUGGCAAGAUUUGUGCCAGGCACCGUGGAUAAGGAUGGCCUAUGCCAUUGUGUGGUGUACCUGUCCAACGACCUCAUCCCCUUGAAAGAGAGGGAACAGCUACGGCGUACAGCCCAGGAACUCUUGGACAAGUACAAGCAGGAGCUGUCCAGGGUCAGUGAGUAUUCACAUGCCUUUGAAGAUUAUGAUAAUCAGAUCUUAGAAAUGAAUGGCGCCCUGAAGUCCAGGAAUCCUACUGUCCCUGCUGUCUCCUAUGAGUCCCCAGCCUUCAACCUGCUGCGCUUGGAGCUGGAGGGAGCACAGGAGUUGGCGGCUCAGCUUGCAGCUAAGGGAAAGAUUAGUGCGGCUAGAGACCUGCUCUACCAGCUCCAGAGCCAGGUGGCUAACGCCAGCCUCACACUCAAGCUUCUGGCUGACACUGACCAGCGCAGCUUCCACGCUCUCCGCCAGGAAGUGGGUGUCCUUGAGAGCCGGCUAAGUUCUUGUGCCCAUGGAGGCCUCCAGAAAGUCAGCAGACCCCUUGUGGUGCAGCUUAAUUGGAGAGGCUUCCCUUACAAGGCAGGAGCCUGGGGCCGAGACUCAGCACCCAACUCAUCCUCUUCCCUCUACUGGGUGGCUCCUCUGCGUGCAGAUGGCAGGUACUUUGACCUCUACCGACUGCACAGGUCCUAUGACGACCUGGCACUGCAGAAGAACUAUGAGCAGUGGAAGAUGGGCUAUGGUGAUGGCAGUGGCAAUACUGUGUACAAGAAUUUCAUGUACUUUAACUUCUAUGGCACAAGCGAAAUAGCCAAGGUGGACCUUUCUUCCAACAUCCUGGUUCUGCGGCGCCCGUUGCCUGGCGCCACCUUCAACAAUCGCUUCUCCUAUGCUGGUGUGCCCUGGAAGGACUUAGAUUUUGCCAAUGAUGAGAAGGGGCUGUGGGUGCUCUAUGCUACAGAAGAGAGCAAGGGCAACCUGGUUGUGAGUCGCCUCAAUCCCAGCACCCUAGAUGUGGAAGAAACCUGGCACACCAGCCAGUACAAGCCAGCCCUGUCAGGAGCCUUCAUGGCCUGCGGGGUGCUCUAUGCCUUACGCUCUCUGAGCACCCGCCAGGAGGAGAUCUUCUAUGCUUUUGAUACCACCACUGGGCAGGAGCACCACCUCAGCAUCCUGCUGGAUAAGAUGCUGGAAACGCUGCAGGGCAUCAACUACUGCCCCACAGAUCACAAGCUGUAUGUCUACAAUGACGGCUACCUGGUCAAUUAUGACCUCAGCUUCCUACCAACACCACCCACCAAACGCCCCUCUUAA